UCACCUGCGCACAACAUGGCUGCAAGACCAAAGAAGAGACGCCGUAAUAGCACUCGCAAGAGAUCUUUUUUCUGCUGUAUUCGAGCAGAAAUUGACGACGUAGGUUCUGAAGAGCGAGAAGAGAUUGAGAUGAGUAAUUUGGCCAGUCAACAAGACAGGCAAAGCAAUACCAGCAAAAGGCAAGCACAAGAACAAACAAGCUUUUACUCUAAUGAAUUGGAUGAGCUGAGAAAAGAGUUAAACACGUACAAGGAACGCGUGUCCGCAUUGGAAAACGAAAACGCCGAGUUGAGGCUUCGCCUAAGUACAUUGACAGGGCAAGUAACGGUCGUUGUUGGAAAAGACGAAAGUGAAAGUAAAAACGUUGAAGUAGUAAGUAGUGCAGAGCCUCAUAUUCUGAUUGUUUACUGGAACUGUGACGGACGUUUUGCAAAGACACUCUGUCAGAAAAUACAAACCAGACAGAAAUGGAAAGUGGUCGUUCAAAAGUUGCGAGACCUUCAGUCUGAGAGCGAUGAGACAAGAGAAUAUUCUGAUAGCUUGGUAGUCUUUUUUAUGGGAUUGCCAGAUCGAAUUAUUAGCGGAACACUGACCAAGACGUAUGAAGAUGUCAAGAGUCUAACAAAAUCAAAGCCCAUUCUAAUUCCUAUUCCUGGUAAUGCCCAGACUGCUCCUACAGUUCAAAAACCACCUGGAAUGGAACUAGUUUCUGCACAGAGAAUAGACUACAGUUCGAAUGUAAUGGAUGCUUUGUCAGAAGACGGAUUUACAUAUCUAUUACAACUGCUUACUGAUCAACUAAAGCAAUAGUUUAUCCUUAACUUAAUUAAAUGUUUAAUAACAUCAUGACCUAUUUUGCAAUUUUGUAUGCAGACUUGGACCUGCAUGGACCUGGAAGAUGGCCAUCAUAGAUGAUGGCUGCUGUAUUGUGGUCCACGAUCAGCCAAACGACGUUCUGAACAAAUCAACUUAUUUCCCUCCAU